UUCAAUGUCAAAAAGCUGGGCAUUGUAGCAUUUAUUGCAAUGGCAUAAACUGCACCGCACAAAUUGAAAUCAUUACGAGUGCAGCGGAACGCUUUUUGGGAGUCAGUGAGUUUACAGUUAGGCAUUGAAAGAAAUCCUGUCAAAGAAUGUUCCUCCCUCACAGGCCCCUGAGCCUGUGUAAGAAUGUGACUGAAGGAGUGGGGUGGGUUUUAAUAUGUCGGUUUUUGUAUUUUGUAUGUCGGUUUUUCUACAACUGACAUUUUUUUCUUUCGUUUACCACACGUACAGUAGGUGGCGUCAUGCACCUCUAACCCUUGUUUUAUAACCGCAUUCAUACCAUAGAUGAAGGAGAUGAACUCAUAUGGCGGGAAUCCGGAUGUUUAGGUUUUGUAAAAAUUCAGUACGCCCAGCUUCUCGUUGUAUGGUUUUUAUCAAAUAGUUUGCAACAAUAACUUUAGAUACCAAGGUAAAAUGGUUGAGGGUCCAGGAUGCACAUUGAAUGGAGAAAAGAUCCGCUCGAAGGUCCAAAGAGGACAGAAGGUGAAAGAAUUCAGGGGAAGCUUGACGACAAACACACAAAGGAAUGCCACCAAUACGAUCUCCUUCCAGAUAUUCAUGGGCUGUCAAUACACAGGAGUUGAGACCCUUGGAAAGGAACUCUUCGUGUACUUUGGCCAAAGAGCUCUGAGAGUCCACUUUGGUAUGGAUGGCUCUAUGCGAAUCAACCCCACUGACAUCAAAAGCAGAAAGGGAUCACCCCCUGUGCUGGAGAUCCACCUGACCAAUGACACAGUCUCCUUCUUUGACUCUACUGUGGAAAUCAGACUGACGGAGGACUGUGAACAGAGAGUGAGAGCUAUGGAGAGUCUGGAUGUCUGCUCCAGUAAGUUCAGCUUCUCCCACGCGGAGGAGACUGUGAGGAGGCAGAGCUGCAGGAUGCUGUGUGACGUACUCCUAGACCAGGCCGUCCUACCAGGAGUGGGAAACAUCAUUAAGAACGAAGCCCUGUUUGACUCCGGUCUUCACCCUUCUGUUAAAGUGGGUCAAGCAACGGAUACCCAGCUCCACCAUCUUGUGAAAAUGACACGAGAUUUCACCCUCCUAUUUUACAAGUGCCGUAAGACAGGCUCCGCUCUCAACAAACACUACAAAGUCUACAAACGGCCUCAGUGUGGUCAGUGCAACGGUGCCGUCACCGUCUGUCGCCUCGGAGACAACGGAAGGAUGACGUACUUCUGCGACCGCUGCCAGACUGGGGACCCAAGUGAGGUUAAUGUGAGCAAGCUCCCAACCAGGAACACGUUAGUUGGCUGGGCUUACCAAGGCAGCAUGGGGAGCAACGAUCAUGUGGCCAAGAGGGAGGAAGAGGAGUGGGCCUGUCAACUCUGCACUCUCAUCAACCAGCCUAUGAGCAAAGCCUGUGAUGCCUGCCUGACCCCUAGGCCUGAGCUCCCCAAAGACAAUGUCAGCCCAGAGAGUUCACCCUUCACCAGAGAUCUGAUCAAGUACCCCUGCAAUGCCUUCUCCAAACCACAAGAGGGCCUGAAAGUCAACCGCAGGGCCGCAUUCGGGAACACCACCCUGAUGUUCACCGACCUCAGCCCAAAGGCGAGCCGCGUCAACUCUCCCCUUCCCCUAUCCUCCACCAACAGUCAGUUAAAUUCCAUGGCAAGAGGUUUAAAUAAACACAAUGUCUGCCAGGGAAAAAGAAGUAGUCCCAGUUAUGCCUCUGGUGGCUGGCAGGACAAAGGCGGGGAGCUCUCCAAAGGGGAAUCAACAAUGGUCUCCUACAGUCAGCCGCACAAGAAAAUGAGAAUUGAUCACAGUCCCUUUUCUGUCAGUAACAAACCUCAAAACGGAACCCACCAUCAUUUGAGCCCCCCUCAAAACAAUGCACCAACUGGGUGUACACAGACCCAGUCCCCUCCCAGCAACCCUUGCUGUGUGUCCCAUGGGCGGCCCAGUGUGCUCCGACUGGUCACCAAGCAGGGGGACAACAAAGGGAGACAGUUCUACACCUGCUCGCUCCCCAGGGAGACACAGUGCAAAUUCUUUGAGUGGGCUGAUACACACUUUCCAUUCUGUAACCAUGCAAAACGCUGCCUGGUGAGGACUGUACUCAAACUAGGACCAAACAACGGCCGCAACUUUUACGUAUGCAGUUUUCCAAAGGGCAAGCAGUGUGAUUUCUUCCAGUGGGCAGAAAAUGGUCCAGGAAUCUCCAUCCUUCCUGGUUGCUGAUGAGAGGAAAGGGGCAAGAUACAAAGACAAGAACUGUUUUGAACAUCACUGCUUUUUGUACUGCUAUUGAUCCAUUUUAGUGUACAUUUUUUUAAUUAAUCAAUGUAUCACUUAAGUUUUCUUAAACUUCACCCUUGUUAUAAUAUUAAAAUCCAUCACUGUCAUUAAAUAAAUAAUUG